UAAAUUCGCCUUGAUCCCUAGCAUAAACGCCGUAAAGUUUUAAGUGACAUUAAUUUUAUUUUAUUUUAUUUGUUGUAUCAUUGCUAGCCUGGGUGGGUGGUUAAUUAAACCAUUCGAGAUUCUCAAAGAAACCAAUAGAAUUGAUGUAUGGCAGUGUAUGUAAGCAUGGUUGAAUGGUGAACCCUAUGUACAGAUACUAAAGCCGUAAGAGAUAACAAACUACAGCUGAUUGAUUGAAAUUGACUGUUGCCAAAAAAAGGCCCAUCAGCAUAAAGUGAAACGUGUCGUUAGAAUAGAAGCCGGUUUAUUAAGAACAUUUUCUCAGUGAACAAACUGCAUACAUUACCUAAGUGGUGCAUUCGAACAUGGAGGUUAUUAAACAGGGAGCCUUAUUUCUUAUGUCCGAGGAAUGUUUCGAGAACUAUUUUGACGAGCACAACUACUUCGAUGUACCCUGUUUCAAAGCCUUACUAAGUAAAGGCUUGGGGCUGGCCAUUAUUGCUGGAUCCCUGUUGGUAAAGGUGCCGCAAGUGCUGAAAAUUUUUCACAACAAAUCUGGUGAAGGCAUUAAUUUGUUUUCGGUGCUCUUGGAUUUAAGUGUCAUCACUUUUCACAUGGCCUACAGUUAUGUAAACGGUUUCCCAUUCAGCGCCUGGGGCGAUGGCACCUUUUUGGCAUUCCAAACUGCUGCCAUAGCAGCCAUGGUUCUAUUCUACAAUGGUGCCAAAGCUCAAUCAAUUCUAUUCUGUGUGUUCUAUGGUUCGUUGGUGUAUGUGUUGUGUUCUGGUCUGACCCCUUUCAAGAUUUUGGUCACAGCGCAAAGUCUUAAUAUUCCCGUAUUAUUAUUGGGCAAGUUUUCCCAGGCUUUCACAAACUACAAGAAUGGAUCUACAGGCCAAUUGUCGGCGGCCACAGCAUUCUUACUUUUGGCCGGUUCGUUGGCACGUAUUUUCACUUCUAUUCAAGAAACCGGUGAUAUUAUGAUGGUAUUAACUUACUGUGCAUCAUCCUUCGCCAAUGGUGUUAUUGUUGCCCAGAUGUUAUACUAUUGGAAUAAGACGGACGCCAAGAGUGGCAGUGGUGCUGCCAAGAAGGCCGCUGGUAAAUCCGUUGCUAAGAAACCAAAAAGCAAGAAGGUCGAUUAAAACUAAACAUCGUUAAAAAGUUAUAUUUAAUUUAUUUGAAAUAAGUAAAAAUUAUGUUUUAGAUGUGUGCAAAGUCACUUUCCGGCGAAUCCAAUGACAUUUUUAUAAUAAAAUUUGAAGAUAGUUUCGUUUUAAAACUUAAA